GCUCAGCCUCCGUGUGAGUAGGUGGUGUGAACACAGCUCCGCCAGUCUUAAAAAGUUUACUUUGUAUGAGAGAAGCAGCCAACAGAGUGUGAAUAACCCAAGACAAACAAGAGUGAACGAGAGAGAGACUUGUUUUCAAUUGGUAUUAGGCAUCGGAGCCGAGUGAGGUCAGCCAAUCGAGAAGAAACACGUAAUUACAGUGACAUGGAAUAAGCCCCCCUCCCCCCCGCUACAACGACCAUCUCAUAUAACGACGAAAGAAAAAAAAUCACCCGAAAAUAACUUUAAAUAACCCGGGAAACAUUCCAAAAAUUAAUCAGUUUGAGUAAUUCUUUAAAUCUUUCAUCACCUUAAAAAAAAUUAACGAGUGUAAAUCUAAAUUGACCUAAUAAUCUACAGACGAAACCUUACGAGUUUAACGAUAUCUUACGAGUGAGAGAGAGAGAGAGAGUGAAGGUUCGGUCAGUCAGUCAGUCAAUCAUGGUGUCAUCACGGAAAACAUCAGGGGUAAUGAGCGUGCGGCGGCCUUGUGGUAUAAGUAAAGCCACCGUGAGCGGCCUCCAGGUAACGUUCCUCUGGGUGACUUACCUCCUCCUCGGCUCUCUCGCCAUCAUGUACAUGGAGCAGGAGGAGAAUAUCGUCAGCACCACCAUAGAUCAUCACCACUGGGCCAGAUUUAAAGAGUUGGUGGCGGCGGGCGAGGUGGUGGAGGAGCUGCAAGUGUUGAAGAGUCACCUGCUUGACCUGUGUCCUCACCCUAUCUUAAACCACACGUUUGGUCUGCUGGCUAACGGCACAGAGCCCGAAGAGCACGACACUACUUCCACACUUUCUCCGUUGUCGACUGCUUUUCAGCAGAGGGCAGGAAUGGGCGAUGACUGGCAGGCGCGGGUGGAAGAGGAAUGCCAGGAGAGCCUCAGGAUAAUCGCCGAAGUCACUGAGACUCACACGUGGACAUUUGUCGACGCUAUCUACUUCACCAUGACCGUUGUGACUACCAUAGGUUAUGGCCACAUUUGCCCUGUGUCACGGGUGGGCAGGAGGUUCUGUGUGCUGUAUUCCAUGGUGGGUGUACCCCUCACCUGCAUUCUCCUUGCUAAGUCCUCAGAGAUGCUCUCCAACCGCAUGCUCAAGCUCUACACCACUGCCAAGAAGCGUCACCAAAGACACCAGAAGGCGCUGCUGUACGGCAUCACCUUAGUGUACUUGAGUGUGGGCUUCAUCGUGUUCAUGUUCCUGCCAUCUGUUGUGCUGUCCAAGCUGGAGGACUGGAGCUACGAGGACUCCCUCUACUUUACCUUCAUUACUCUCAGCACUAUUGGCUUCGGAGACCUAAUUGCAGGUUACAAUGAGGACGUCCAGUACCAGGACUUCUACAAAUUAUGCAUUGUAGUAUGGAUCAUGUUAGCUCUUGGCUACUGGUUUUUGCUCCUCAAUUUCCUCCAGAAGGCACUGAAGAAGAAUGUCCCUAAUAAGAUUAAGAAAUCAAUCAGAAGGUCUACAAGAAUGAAGAGGCAGUCAGAGUUCUUCAGACAACUGGUUGGCAAGCUUCGCCCAUCAAAAUUUAGCAGUCUAAGUGAGACCGGGAUUGCCCCCAAUCUUGUUCAUAAGUUAAAAGUGGUAUCCCAGAGGGUUUGUACAGGUCAGGAGAAGAAUGAGACAGAGAGUGACACUGGGGUGGUGGCACUCAUGGUUGAGGUGGCUGAUGCUCUUGACGCCAUUAGACCCUCACGACCUAAGUCCCGCAAGCCCAGCCUUUUGCCCGAUGCUGAAGCAGGCACAGACAACUCACAAGCUGACUUGUCCCUGACUCUGUCUCAACUACUGGAUGUCAGUGUAAUUGUCAGGUCAGACACCGUUCCAGGUAUCAGAAGAUUAAUUGCACAGUCUCCACAUAAACUUGAAUUUACAAAAACUUUGUUUGGUAUCUUUGAUGGGGAAGUAUUUACUUCAGAUGAAACACCCCAGUCAGAAAACAUUGUACCCAGCCAGCCUAAUGAAGUUACCCUUCCACUUCGGGAAGUGUUGAACUUAGUCACCCUUGUUAAAUCAAUUGAAGAUGAAGUGGCUGCAGCAGGUACCACAAGUAGCAGCAGCUCUCUUCAAGAUGACAUAAACUCUCCAACGAGCUCUCUUCCCUCGACCAUCAACUCAAUGGAUCAAAGGGAUUUUAUGCCUCUCCUGAAAGACAGCUUCUACAAACCACCAAUCAAGCACAUCAAACUGUGCCCACCAAUUAGGCGACUCAGUCAGAAGGAAGAGGAAGAGCUUGAGGAAACCUUACAAGCAUUUUAUAACUACACUGAUGCUGAAGAGUCUGACACAGAAGGCGAGAGAGACAGCCAGGUGGAGGAGGAGGAGGCUGUAAAUAUUAACCUAGCAUGACAACAUGUUUAGCCUGGUCACCAUGGCAGCCAUUAAGUGUUCACCUGCAUCUAAAAAAGAUCUGCUCUGAGAAUCUCCAAAUUCUUGUAGUACUAUCCUAAACAAGGUCUACUUUGUGCCUCAGCAUGUAGAAAUGUCCACAAAAUAUCUACUAUUCCACAAUUAAUGGUACUUGUAGUUGGAUAUAUUCCUUGUGGAGUACCCUGUACUUCAGAACUGCCUUUACACUUUCCUAAUACAAGCGUAGCUUCUUUUGAUGGAAGUUGUAAAGCUCACUUUAUAAAUAUUUUUACCACCAAUGAGUUCCAUACACAUAUCUGGUCGUAUGUGUAUUGUGAACGAGAAGAAAAACAUCUGUCAUAUCCUCAGGUAGAGGAACAGUAACACUUUCUCACACAAUUAUUAAUUCUUUUGAUUGUACUGUAUAUUUAAAGAAUAAUUUAUGUCUUCCUUAACACUGUCUUUACACAAUUGUAAUUUUGACUUCUAAGUAACUUCACAUUUACAAGUGAAUAUGCAAUGGGUACUUGUAUUCAUUCACCUGUCUUCAGACAAGGCAAUUCCCCUAAAACAAUUACAAAGUGAUGACACAGUAUAACUACAGUUUAACAAAACAGAUGUCAUAGCUUAAUUCAAGUCUUGAUCUAUUUAGCAUUAUAAAUUUUGAUAUUUUAAACUUUUCCCAAAAAAUAUCCUGUUGCUUACUCUCAUAUAAUGUUUGGGUAGCAUGUCAUACAAUUUAUAUCAUUAAUACUCUCUUUGUGAUCAUAACAUAUCACUACUG